UCUGCCAUUCCCCAUUUUUUUUAAACGAACGAGCGGCGCUGGUUUGAGACGCCAUAUUGGAACCAUUUUAGGGGGGAAGGAAAAAAAACAACCAUCCCGUUUAAAAAAAAUCGUCCGGUGUUUUUUAAAAAAAACCACCCCUACUCGAAAUGUUGUACUUGGAGGAUUACUUGGAAAUGAUCGAACAACUUCCCAUGGAUCUGCGCGACAGGUUUACGGAAAUGAGGGAGAUGGACCUGCAAGUACAGAAUGCAAUGGAUCAGUUAGAACAAAGGGUGAAUGAGUUCUUUGUCAAUGCCAAAAAAAACAAGCCAGAAUGGAGAGAGGAACAGAUGGAAGCAAUCAAGAAGGACUAUUAUAAAGCCUUGGAAGAUGCUGACGAGAAAGUCCAGUUAGCAAAUCAAAUUUAUGAUUUGGUUGAUAGACAUCUACGUAAAUUGGACCAAGAGCUUGCCAAGUUUAAAAUGGAGCUUGAAGCUGAUAAUGCUGGAAUUACAGAGAUAUUAGAAAGGAGAUCUUUGGAGUUGGACAAUCCACCUCAGCCAGUUAAUAACCACCAUGCUCACUCUCACACUCCAUUAGAAAAACGGAAAUAUAAUCCAUCUAGUCACCAUACUACAGAUCAUAUUCCCGAGAAGAAAUUCAAGUCAGAAGCUCUUUUGUCUACCCUUACAUCAGAUGCCUCAAAAGAAAAUACGCCAGGAUGCCGUAAUAGUAACUUAACGUCGACUUCUAACAGUGUCUACAAUAUUAAUUCAUCACAGCCUCUCAGUUCAUAUAAUCUUACCUCAUUAACUCCGGGAGCAGGUCCUGGAGCUGCAGCUAUUACAAUGGCAGCAGCCCAAGCUGUUCAAGCAACAGCACAGAUGAAGGAAGGGAGGAGGACAUCUACUAUAAAGGCCACUUAUGAAGCAUUUAAAAACAAUGACUUCCAACUUGCACGAGAGUUCUCUAUCUCAAGGGAAUCUACAGGAUAUCCCUCAACGCUAGCCUCCACACUGACACAGACAUUGUCAACAUCAGCUUCAGAUUCACGCAGUGGUCGAAAAAAUAAAAAUAGCAACAAAUCCUCAAAUCACCAGUCCUCCUCAUCAUCUUCAUCAUCAUCUUCCUCCUCCUCUUCAUCUGUAAUAGCACAGGAGAUUCCUCAGCAGACCCCAGCUUUACCUGAGUCUGAUUCCAAUAACCAAGUGGAUUGGACAUAUGAUCCUAAUGAGCCUCGUUAUUGUAUCUGCAAUCAG